AUGGCCACCUCCACAACCCCGGCGCAUCAGCCGCCAUCCUCUGGACAUCAGCGAUCCGACUCACGAACACGAAUCCCCUCGCGACCCACCACUCCCCUCCGACCUCCGUCUCGAACAAGUCUACGCGCUUCUCAAACCACACCCAGCGGCAGCACAUCAAUCUCCAAUACCGACGCCCCCCUCGCAAGCCUCGAGCCUAUGUUUGCGGAGCUGAGCGACAGCAUGGCGGACUUGGAGGCCAACUUCAUGCAUCUGCAACUCCUUAACGAAAGUCUGGGUCGCUUCAACGAGAACUUUGGCGCCUUUCUCUACGGCAUGAAUAUGAGUGCUUUCUGUGUGGAUUUUCCAGAGGCUCCCAUACCGCAGUCCUUUGCGCGGCACAAAGAUACUCCUUCUCAACUCCAAGAUUCUCCGUUCCGGGAGCGCACAACUGUAGAGCAAGAUGCGACCUUUCUCACCACCGAUACUUCUUUUGUGGAGAACCCACCGACAAGCAGCAAACCCUCCAGCAAAUAUUCUGCGCCGCCUUCUGCCAGAGGCUCGAGACAGACGAUGGGGUCGGGAAGAGGUUCGGGGACGCGAGGUACUGGAGGUUCGGGCAUCGCUCGAGGUACGAGCUCAAGAGGCGGUGCUGCGGGUUCGACGAGGGGGAGUAGUGGUAUUGGAAGGGGUGUGGCGAGGGGUCGUGGUGGAGUAAGAUGA